GCCUCCCCUCUUAUCUGCCCUUCCCAAGCCUAAGUGGCUGUUAGCUGUGUAUGCCAGGGAUGUUCUAGGGCGACUGCAUGAGGUGAAGGCCAAAAUAACCUCCAUCUUUGGCUCUGUCCUCAAGAUGGACUCCACAAAAAAGGUCACCAAGAAACUUGCUGGUGCUGCUGCAGGUACAGCUGCCUGGUGCACCAAUGUGGGAAAUGAGCACGGUCAAGUUCUUGUCUCAGUCCUGACAGCCGGUGAGGGACAAGCACUGGACGCUAUGGCUGCUGGCCUGAUGAAGCGGUACAGGGAGGCAGGAGAGGUGGCACCCAAAAUCUUGUACGUGGACAGAGACUGCUGCAGUCAGCAUGGCCCUUGUCGGGUGAAGGCCAUGUUUUCAGAGUGGGACGGGCUUCAAGUGCGCCUUGAUAUAUGGCAUUUCAUGCGCCGGUUUGCUGCAGGCGUCACAACAGAGGCUCACCCUCUGUAUGGCAUUUUUAUGGCACGCCUGUCCACGUGCAUAUUUGAGUGGGAUCCGGAGGAUGUUGCUGCUCUUCGCCGCGCCAAGGAGGGUGAGCUGGCAGCAAGGAGGAUUGGCCACAUCUCCGAGGAGGCGGUGACCACUCGCAUCACCCGGAGGGAGUUGGCGCUGCACUGCAGGAGGAAGACCAGAGGGGUGGAGGAGACCAUCAGGCUGAUUGGGUCACUGAUCGGUCUGUUUGACGGUGCAAGUGGGAAGGACACUCUGGGCGUUCCUCUGCUGGACCACGAACGCAUCCAGCAGAUAUGGCAGGAGCAGGAGAAACACGUGGGCUGUAUCCAAGACCCAGAGGACUUCCUGCUCUACAUCAAGACAGGCACCCUGAAGAAAGGAGGUGUGGAGCUGUGCUGCUACAGGUGUGCCCGUGGCUCUACCUCCCUGGAGUCCUUCCACCUCCACCUAAACAGAUUUAUUCCAGGAACCAGUGCCAGUGAUGCGCAUUUCCAGGCGUAUCUUCUUGAAGGGCUGAUGCGCUGGAAUGAUGACCGGAUGGAGGACGCCGUAAAAGGAGCACCUUCCAUCCGCUCUUAUGGCAGCGCUCUGAGAGAGGCAGUGGAUCAGCUCAGCCGAAAGGUGCUAGGGAGACGCUGGGAUGAGCGCUAUCGCACCCCUGGAGCGUACACAGGUGAAUUGCUGGGAAUGGAGUACUUGUACAACCAGACCGGCAAAACACUGACUCCAGUGCUCCAGAACCCAGAGGAGGAGGACAGGCUGGUGGAGGAAGUCAGUGAUGAGGACGUACAAGAUGAGGGAUUUGCAGAAGAGAUCACAGAGGACAUCACAGUUCCUGUGCUCGAGGAGGAUGACCCCUGCCGUCAUCUGGAGAACAGGCCCUCACCGUUGAGUCCUCAGGCCCCUCCACCUCAGGCCCCUCCACCUCAGGCCCCUCCACCUCAGGCCCCUGCAUCACCUGCUGAUCUGCCGUCCACGUCACGUGAUGGAGGACAACAUCCUGCUGCUGCCCCUUCAGUGCUGCCUGACACCUCUGAGGCUACACGGGAGAGUGAAAAUAAUCUGUCCGACGAGGCUCAGGGAGCAGUCAUUGGACCGGAUGGGAUCGCUGGGUGGGACAAGGUCCAGGAUCUCGCUGCUUACCUGGUGGGUCUCCGUGAGGUGUCUUACCUCACUGAGCUGCAGGUGAUCCAGGUCAUCCAGCUGUGGACAGCUCUCCCUGAAGGCGACAAGGAGCGGGUCGACUACCAGCCUCGUCAUCAGCAGCGACUGACAAGUGGCCGUUUUAAGGCUCCCAAGCGGUCUGGAGUCACGCCGGGUGUGGAGAGCGUGAAGCGCUGCUUGAUAGGACAUCCUGGGGGGCCAGCUCAGUGGCCCAACACCAGCCGCUUGGUUGAGGCCAUGUGCAUAAGGCUGUGCACUUUGCACAAGAAAACCACCAAGAAGGCUGGAUUGUCCACCCCCAGAUGGUCUAAAAUUCUCGGCGACUAUCACCACAUCCGGGACUUAGUGCUCAACAGUCCAAGGGUUAUGGUGGAGACAAUGAUCCAGCUGUUUGAGCUUAAUCAGCGGACACUCAUUCAAUGGUUUCAACGGAGGCUGAAGAGCCAGGAGAUGAGUAUCCUUUCUCAGGGAAUGGCUCCAACCAACCUGAUUCCUGUGGCACCUGACCAGCUUCCACCACCGAAGGAACGACUGCAGCUCCUUCCUUCAGCAUCAGGCCCACGGCAUGAAUUUGUCCUCCCUCCAAAUCUGGAAGGGCAGGCUCCUGUUUUGCGGCCAGGCCGACGGCCAGCUGCUGCCACCAGGGAGUGCCCCAUCGCACCUGCCCCCACGGCACCAGACAUUGCACAGCCCAUUGCAGCUCCUGGGAUGUUGCCUAGGGUAGGGAUUUGCAUCCUCAACCCAGACAACACUGUGGCCUGCGUACUGCCAGCUUCUGGUGCCUCAACAUCCAGUGCAGGCCCAGCUCCACUUGUUCCUGCACCUGCUACUCCUGUGUCCCGGUUCACGCACAGGAACAGGCGCCAGCGGGCCCUUGAGGAGGAGAGUGGAGUCCACAAGAGGAAAUAUGCAAGAGGGGUCACCUACAAUACCUGUAGCCAUUGUGGGCAGCCCAAGACAAAGGAGUUUGGGCACAGUCGUCAUGGCAGUGCCACCUUCUGCUCACGUGCCUCAAAUGGCAAAUCUCUUGAAGAGUGGUUGGCAGAACAGAGAGCAGAAAAAUAAGUUUUUAACUAUGUUUUGCUUGUAUAUAUUUUAUAUUGUGUGUUUGCGUGUAUAGUUCCCUGUAUGUAUAUAGUUUUAUAUAGUGAUAAUCUGAAGAGUGUGUUUUCAUUUCAAUACUUGUUUAUUUUACAUCUU